AUGUUUUUCCAGAAGCAUGGGGGACUUCGAAAAAUCAACCCUGAAAGAAGAAUUAUCCUCCACCAAGACAAUGCAAGCUCGCACACAGCCCAAAAAACAAGGCAGUAUUUAACGGAAGAAAACGUGGAAUUAUUGAACCAUCCUCCAUAUAGUCUCGAUCUAAGUUCUAACAAUUUCUUUACUUUCCCGAAAAUUAAAAACAGACUGCGUGGUCAAAGGUUCCAGUCACCAGAAGAAGCAGUUGACGCAUUCAAAAAUGCCGUUUUGGAUCUGCCAGCAAACGAGUGGAAUAAGUGCUUCGAAAAUUGGUUCGAGCGCAUGCAGAUGUGUAUUAAUCUUCGUGGAGAAUACUUCGAAAAGCAAUAA